CCGUUGUAGGCGUUUACUUCCGAUUGUCAGAGGUGAAGCGCGCGUGACCCCGCAGCGCCGCCUGUCGGUGAGGAGCGUCGUGUGGCAAUCGCGUCUGUUGACAUGAAUUAUGUUCAUUUAUUACACACAGCACACGUGAAUGAUGAAUGGCAAACACGAAGAUGAUCAAGAGGAGGAUGAUGAUGAAGAUGAUGAUAUGACGCGAGCGGAUGCGAGUGUGUAUUAUUUCAGUGAUGAUUUGGAGGUGAGAGAUGUUGUACUCAUCACACACAGAGUUCUUCAGGAGUUUCCCAGCAGAAAUCUUCCUGAAUUUAAACCCUGGUUCCCGUCAACAUCAUCAGACGCCAUCAGAACCAUCAGACCCAAAAAGUCUGCUCCAAUCAUCUCAUCUGAAGAUCAACACAACAUCACAAAGUGUCUGCAGGAACAUCACAACACAUCAGACACGAGCAGAGCCGCAGAUACACACAGAGUCAAAUCACUGACAGCGUCUAAUAGCACAGAUCAGUUUAACAAUAAACCAGAAGAGUUUAAACGCUCGUGGUGUGUGAUCAGAGAGAGGACGACGCCGGUUAUAAAGACCUCACAGUCAUUCUCACGACUCUUCAGUAAAAUCAUUGACAAACACAGACUUCAUCUUCAUCAGAGAGUAAAGUGGAUCGUGUGUGAGCUCAACUGUGUCACGUUCACUGUGGAUGAAGUUUGGUUUCAGUUGAAUCGAGCGAUCCGACACUCCAGACUACCUACAUGUAAUGCAAACUUCCAGAGAGCUCUUGCUCAGAUCUGGAUCUACUGUGACGUCUCUUACUGUGAAUUUAUUGGGAAUUUUCUAAAGGAUGAAUUCCAACUCUCUGGUCGGAUUACAUUAACAGUCCAUAAACUUGGAGAUAUCAUCAAAUUUUAAUAUUUAUUGUAUUUUUAAUGAUUUGUUUUUAAAAUAUGUCAUGAAUUGUAAUUGUAAAUUAAAAUAUGCUGUGGUUUUUAAAUCAGCUUUUUCAUUUUAACGUGAUACAGGGUUCCCAAAGGGAAUUUCAUGGAUUUUGAAAGGCUUAUUCUAGACAUUGAAAGUCAUUAUAUUUAUUUUUAGUCAUGAAUAACUGCCUUUUUAGUUUGCGUUUAUCAAAAUGAAAUCCGAAUGUUAAGUUGUGACAUAAGAAAUGCCCCUUCCAGGUCCAAGUCUCCAGUGAUUUCAAGUGAGAUUACAAUCUAAACAGCUGGUUAUUGGCAUUGUUUAUGCAUUUAAGCAAAAUAAAUGAUAAACUCACAGAGUACACUAC